UGUGCGAUAAGAAAACAAUAAUGCUGAACCAGCUGUAAAAAUUGUGUAGAAUAAAACGGAAAACUUGAAACAAGUUCAAAGAACACUGGAUUUGCAAUAGAAAUUGGGAAAUGAAAAUGACAAUUGAAUGAUCUACUGAAGCUAAGAAAGUCUUAUAUAAAUAUUGAUUUCGAACAUUUGGCACAAAUACUAGUAGUAUGUUCCUAAAAUACUUCUUAAAACACAAAUCUCCAAAUGUUAACAGCAUACUUAAACACAUCUUUUUACUCUAUGGCAACCAAUGCGCCCGUCCUCCUAAGAAUGUAAAAGGUAACUGUUUCCCCAUUACACUUAAACAGUGUAAACCUUUUAAGUGCCAUCAACAGUGUUAUUGUCCAUUACGAGGGAAAUCCGUACGUUGCAUACCAACGUAUCCGUAUCCGCCAGUGAAGCAUAUAUGUUACACUUCACCUACGUUUCCACCACCAUGUUGCCUGUCCAAUGUUGCAUCAAAAAAAUGGUUUCAUCCAUAUGCUGCUAGCAUCUCGUCACAAUGUUCCUUGCCAAGGCAUUCGCCACAAAACUAUUCCUUGCCAAAAUAUUCGUCACAAACAUCGUUCUUGCCAAAGAAUUGGCCACAACAGCCUUUGUUGUCGGGGUUUCCACCAGAUUGUUGCUGGCCAGGAUUCUGUGAAUGCCCCAUUUGUAGCUGUUGCCAAUGUUACGGACCGUAUAAGAAACCGGACUCUUCUCAAUGUAGUAACAAAUGCAAAAAAACAUCAUACGUCCUCAGCAAUUCUAUUCCAUAUAACCCAUGCUGUCCCAAUAAACACAAAGGACACAACACAUACCAGAAAUAUAGAAGUAUUUUCUUUAUGACGUUGCCAAUAAUUACUAUAUUUUCACUGUAUAUUAUGGGCUGUGAGACAGCUCAUAAGGAAACUUGCCGAGACUACGAAUUUAUGCGUCGAAGAACUAAACGUUUCCCUUGGGGGGAAGGUAACAAAAGCCUGUACCAUAAUGAUGAAACUAAUUUUUUGCCUGAAGAAUGUGUAUCUCCACCAGAUGAUGAUGAAUGCAAAAAUUAAACACAACAAAUGGAUAAAUUAAAUAGUUAAAGGUAGUCAAAAUAACGGAAAAUACGCGCUAGUGUGCUUUACGACAAAACGCGCGCCUUUACCACCGGUUAUCCACACAACAGUUUAAUACAGAUUGCAGCAUCCUCAGAUUACAAAACAAUAGCCAGAUGGAGCGCGCCGAACAUGAAAGUGAAGCCACCAAAGCAAAUACAAAUUCAAAAGCGAAUACAAACUCACAUCAUUACUAAGCUCAGCGUCCCACUGUUUGCACAUCACGAGUGAUUAGUUAUUUUAUGUUUAAAAAUGCCGUCUUCUGUCUUUAAACACUGUAAAAGUUGUUCCCAAAAAAAAGACGGAAUAUCUUUUCACAGGGAACUAUUGUUAAUUUAAUUGUUUUGUAAUUUAUUUACCCGAUAUUUUUUGAGAUUCACUCGGAACACAAAACCUCGAUAUAAAUUCGUAUGUGUUGCCAGUUUAUAUCGAAAUGAGUUUCCUUAAAUUAGGUAAAUAUGCAUGGGUGAUAGGAGCAUCGAAUAAUUUAUACUUUUGUACAUAAACUAAAUAACGCAUGCAUACACACACAGAAUGGUCCAAUUACAGCGAUCCAAAAUUGUUUUUUAGGUAACUCAGAUUUACCUAAACUAUUCUCAGACCAAUCUCUAAUCGCCAUAAUGUAACUACAUAAAAUAAGAUGUUCAAAACAGUUAAAAUUUUAGCUCUAUAAUACAGAGAACUUUCAUUGUUAUGUACACGUCAUAAACAGAGUGAUUUUGUAAUAAAACGUGUCAAU